AUGCCCUUCCUCCGCUCAGCCCCCAAGGUCACACUGGAGGCAGCGCCAGGGUCUUUAGAAGAGAUCAUGGGGGAGCCAGGCAUGGGAAAGUCAGGCGACGUGGGGGACAAAGGACAGAAAGGCAGUGUGGGCCGCCAUGGAAAGAUUGGUCCCAUUGGAGCUAAAGGUGAAAAAGGAGAUUCUGGUGACAUAGGACCCCCUGGCCCUAAUGGAGAACCAGGCCUCCCGUGCGAGUGCGGCCAACUGAGGAAGGCCAUUGGGGAGAUGGACAACCAGGUGACACAGCUGACAACGGAGCUGAAGUUCAUAAAGAAUGCUGUCGCCGGCGUGCGUGAGACAGACAGCAAGAUCUACCUGCUGGUGAAGGAGGAGAAACGGUAUGCAGACGCCCAGCUGUCCUGCCAGGGCAGGGGAGGCACGCUGGCCAUGCCCAAGGACGAGGUCGCCAACGGGCUGAUGGCUGCGUACCUGGCGCAGGCCGGCCUGGCCCGUGUCUUCAUUGGCAUCAAUGACCUGGAGAGAGAGGGCGCCUUCGUGUACUCCGACCGCUCCCCCAUGCAGACCUUCAACAAGUGGCGGAGUGGCGAGCCUAACAACGCCUAUGACGAGGAGGACUGCGUAGAGAUGGUGGCCUCGGGGGGCUGGAACGACGUGGCCUGCCACACCACCAUGUAUUUCAUGUGUGAGUUUGACAAGGAGAAUGUGUGAGCCAGGGUGGGCUGUGCUUGUGGGGGGCC